AUGUCAGUAUCGCCAAUAUCAACGUUACGACGACGAAAAGGGCCUAACUUGACAAUUGCUGUAGAUAAAAUCGCAGCGGCGCCUACUGAGUUCACCGAGAAGCCGGAAACCUUGCAGUUCGACAGUGUCAAAGUAGAUGAGGAUGCCAAUAUUAUACUGGACGAAAGUUCUUUGAUUCAAGAGCUAAAUGCUGAAGAUGAUCGAGCUCCAUUGGCCGGGGAGGCCGGAAAAAAGGAACCCGACCUGCCCAAGCAAUUGGGAGUCUGGGAGUUCGUCAAGAUGGAGCUAACUCGGUAAGAUUUAAUUAUUUUUUUCGAAUUUUAGGUUAAUGAUGUUGUAGUAGAUGAAAGAUGUGAAUGUUCGUAUUUGCAGAGGUUAUUCUUUGGAGACACAUCAAGACAGAUAUACAGAGAAGCGACGGAAAGUUUAUGCGUUCUUUCGAAUACCGUACGAGUUGGAGAAAUUCUUAUUCUUCGGGUUUCUCCAUUGUUUGGAUGCAUUCGCCAAUGUUUUUACAUUUCUCCCCAUCAGACUGCUGGUAAGUCGCUUAGAAUUGAUAUUUUAUAUCUUUAGUUAGCCGUGAUUGGCCGCAUAUUUGGGACGAGAGUGUGGACAGCAGCUGAGACAUGUGAUUUGCUCAAGAUUUCAAUUAUCAUAACAGCUUCGCUGAUCAUGCAGCUCGUUGACACUUCAAUGCUCUACCACAUUGUCCGAGGCCAAGGUGUGAUCAAACUGUACAUCUUUUACAAUAUGUUAGAAGUGGCGGACAAGCUUUUCAGCAGUUUUGGGCAAGACAUUUUAGAGGCAUUGUUUUGGACAGCAUCGGAAAGAGGAGGCAAGCGAAAAGUAGCGUCAACCUUUGUACAAUGGUGUGCAACUGUACUUUAUGCUUUGCUGCACGCUCUACUUGUCCUACUCCAAGCGACAACACUCAACGUCGCGUUUAACUCACAUAAUCAAAGUCUUUUGACCAUCAUGAUGUCCAACAACUUUGUUGAACUUAAGGGAGCUGUUUUUAAGAAAUUUGCCAAGCCCAAUCUCUUCCAAAUGUCCUGCAGGUAAGAAAAUUUCAUUUUAUAUUAGUUGGUUUUGUUUUUAGUGAUUGCCGAGAGAGAUUCCACACAGUUAUCCUGCUUAUAGUAGUGGUCUUGAGGAAUAUGACGGCGGUUAAUUGGAAACUAGAACAUUUGAGCGAAAUGGUCCCGGAUUUGUUUAUGGUUUUUGUAGCGGAAUUGAUUGUGGACUGGCUGAAACAUGCGUUUAUCACCAAGUUCAAUGAAAUCAGCGCAGAAGUUUAUCAAGGUAGGCUGAUUAUGAGCAAUAUUUUUGAACUUUUUUUUGAUAGGAUUUGAGUAUAAAUGGGUGAAGAAAGCCCUUAAAAUUAUCUAAUCUAUGUUUCUACAUAAUUUUAUGCAUUUAUAUCAAUUUUUAUUUCAGAUUUUACCAUCACCUUAUCCUUUGACGUGGUCAGAUCCCAUGAAGAAGAGACCUUCACCGAUUUCUCGGAUGUAGUCUCAAGAAGAAUGGGCUUUAUUCCCGUCCCAAUUGCCAUCAUGUUGAUCCGAGUUAUCUCACAAUCCAUCGAUUUUUCGACAAACGUUUAUGUUCUAGUAUUCGGUAUGUUAUUCAUGAAAAAAUUGAUGAUUUUAAUGUCUAGAAUGAUACGAUGUGAUUUUUUAGCUCUUGUCUGGGUCUCAUUGCUCUUCAUAAAGGUGGUGAAUGGUGUGUUCUUGAACAGCAAGAGUGUUCAGCAUGUCCAGCAGUUCAGAAAAUUGCAACAUCAAGCGGAAUCCGAGUUCUAUCGGCGAAGAGUGCUAAGUGCAAAGAGCAAAAGUGUCCCGAAUUCGCCGAGAAUAAGCCUCAUUGACUUCUCAGGUAGGGUUUUUAUGGAAUUUUAAAGGAUUUUUUACAGCGGAAUUGACUUCAUUUUUGGUUGAUGUCAAGUAUAAUAUUCUCGGUUUGGAUGUAUAAUAUACAUGUAUAUAGACCAAAUAGAAAUUCUUGAAAGCUUUAAAGAGAAAUUUUUAGCGUCAAUCGGUCUGUUUUACUUGGUGGCAUUAUCAUUUGAGAUACGAUUUGACCUUAAAAUUGAUGUUGCUAGGCUAAAAUCAGAUAAUAUUAUUAGAUGUAAGAAGGCGAAUAGGCUCGUUAGUUAUUAUGAUAAUUGUCUAUUAGUCCUUAUUUUUCUAAGAUUAGACAUUUUUUUUUGUAAUUUUUGCCUGGUAUGUUAUAACAAUAUUCAAAUUUUAGAUAUCCUAACGCAAGCCACUCGAGUCCCUCCCAAAGGAUUCACCGUCUCGGAUAUGCUCGCUGAACUUGGCCAAAUUUCGGAUCAGCCAACCUCUUCCGACUCCCCAAAACCGCCGAAAUCAUCGCCGCAAGAGGAAACUCCCCGACGAUCCAUGUCCGUCGUCGAUUUGACUACUCAAAGCAACAAGAGAGACAAGUCCUUGCCACCGUUGAUUGAGACCGAAGAGAAUGCAAAGGAGAGAGACGAAGAGAAGGGGCAACCGUCGCCCAAGAGAAGGGUCAAUGAUUGUGAACAACUCAGUGAUGUAUUGGCAUAUCAGCUACUGAAUGGGUCGGAUAAUGCCCAAGAAAUUAGGUCCUAG